GGAAGGGGAGGGAUGGGUUGGGAGAGAGUGCAGGCAAGAUUGGAGGAUUGGAGGAUUGCAGGACGUGAUUGACGUUUGGUAGACACAUUCGACGUUAGAUAUUGAAUGCUGUGGUUAUCUUUUCAUUGGGAUCGUGCGGCGACACCGAUAACGCUACCUGUCUGCUACCGACGUACUAGGUAUAAUACAUAAUACCCACGAUACUUGUAGUCAGCUCCAGCUAGCCAGCCAGCCAGCCCGCCAGCUAUGAUCAAACAUUUCUGCUGACGUUUUGGAAACGUUUUCGAACUUUCCACCAACAUCCAAACACACAACAGAUUGCACACCCUUUACCCUCUUUUUUGUGGAGAUGAUAACAGUAUACGAGUAAUACUCUUCAAUUCGAUUCUUGUUAAAACCUACUGCUACAUUCAUAUUCAGCAUUCAGUAUUGAAUUGACCAUUCUUCGUCACAUCUUCCAUCUACGACGAUCAUAGUUAUCUUUUCAGAAACUACAAACAGCCCCCCCCCACACCUCUCACCCCACUGUCUGCACCCAGAAUUCACAACUUCUUAAGACGUCACUGUUUCGAAAAUUGUCCAGAGACAUUACAACAUUACAACUUUGCAAGAUUUCACCCAUCCACCAGAGCACUUUUCAACUAUAUAAUGACCUCGCCAUUGCGAAAGCACCGUACCUCUAGUGUUUCCAGUGAAAUCGAUCCAUUCGCUGCGGCACAUGUUUACUACAGCAAUGACACAAAUCAAAAAUCAUUUCGACAAGCCCGAACCCGUACAUACUCGUCAAAUCAGGGUAUCUUCUCCACACCCAUCUCAGGGUUGGAAAAGCCCAAGAGGAGAGGCAGCCAUGAUGAUAUUGGAGAUCAUGGACGCAAAUUUCUAAUACAAGUUGACUCGACAUUGGAAGCCCUUCGAAAACAGGAAGACACAGAUGACAACCACCAAAUUACAAUUGAAGACGUAGGACCAAAGUCACUUCCUCUCGGAACCGCUACCUCGAACGGAUUUAGAAGAUACGACAUUCGCGGGACUUAUAUGCUAUCAAAUCUUUUACAGGAGUUGACUUUAGCAAAGGAAAAUGGCAGAGAACAAAUUAUCUUGGACGAAUCUCGCCUCAACGAGAAUCCUGUCAAUCGCCUCUCAAGAUUGAUUCAGGGCUCAUUCUGGGAUGGCCUGACUCGUAGAAUCGAUGGCUCGGUGAUUGAAAUUGCUGGGCGUGAUCCUAAGGAUUGGACCGACGAUCCCCGUCCACGUAUCUACAUACCACGGGGUGCACCUGAACAGCAUGCAUACUAUACCAAAGUGGCAACUGAUAGACCUGAAGUUCGCCUAGACGUUUGCUGGCUACCUGAGAAAAUUACACCAGAAGUUGUUCGUGAUAUGAACUCUAAGCCUGGUCUUUUAGCUGUUGCGAUGGAGGAAGUUAUAGAUCCGUCGACAGGCGAGAAGACUCUCAAGGGGUUACCAUUCGUAGUACCAGGGGGUAGAUUUAACGAACUUUAUGGAUGGGACAGCUAUAUGGAAUCACUCGGUUUGAUUGUCAACGACAAGGUCCACUUGGCCAAGUCGAUGGUACAGAACUUCUGCUUUUGCAUUGAACAUUACGGAAAGAUCCUCAAUGCCACUAGGUCAUACUAUUUAUGUCGUUCCCAACCACCUUUCUUAACAGACAUGGCACUUCGAGUUUUUGACAAGAUCAAGCACGAGCCGGGAUCAUUGGAUUUUCUAAAGACAGCUAUCCUUGCUGCCAUCAAGGAAUACCAUAGUGUGUGGACGGCAGAGCCAAGAUACGAUCCUGUCACAGGUCUAUCAAGAUAUCGACCUGAAGGUCUUGGUGUACCUCCAGAGACCGAAGCGUCACAUUUCGAACAUUUGUUGGCACCUUAUGCUGAGAAAUACAACAUGACCUUCAAAGAAUUUGUUGAUGCUUACAACAAUGGAAGAGUCGUGGAAAAGGAGUUGGACGAUUACUUCUUACACGAUCGAGCAGUUCGUGAAUCAGGUCACGACACAUCCUACCGUUUGGAAAGGGUUUGCGCAGAUCUUGCAACAAUUGAUCUUAAUUCUCUUCUUUAUAAGUAUGAAAAGGAUAUCGCAUAUACCAUUCGUACAUUUUUCCAAGACAAACUUGAGGUUCCAGCCGAGUUUUGUGUAGGCGAUAUGACGCCCGGUCAGCUGCAAACCUCCUCGAUGUGGGACCGAAGAGCUAGAGGUCGCAAGUUGGCCAUUGAUAAAUAUCUCUGGAAUAAAGAGAAGGGCAUGUACUUCGACUACAACACCCUGAAGAAAGAGCAGUGCACAUAUGAGAGUGCUACUACCUUCUGGGCGAUGUGGGCAGGUGUUGCUUCGCCACAGCAAGCUGCCAGUCUCGUCACUAACGCUCUUCCUAAGUUUGAAGCUGCAGGAGGGUUACUGUCUGGAACUGAAGAGUCUCGUGGUGCAGUUGGAUUAGACCGACCAAAUCGUCAAUGGGAUUACCCAUAUGGUUGGGCUCCACAGCAAAUGCUAGCUUGGACGGGACUACUACGAUACAAUUAUCAGGAAGAUGCUGAGCGACUCGCCUACAAAUGGUUGUUCAUGAUUACAACAGCGUUUGUUGACUUCAAUGGGGUGGUGGUUGAAAAAUACGAUGUGACCAGAGUAGUUGAUCCUCACAAGGUUGAUGCAGAAUAUGGCAAUCAAGGGUCUGAUUUCAAGGGAGUCGCUAAAGAAGGUUUUGGAUGGGUUAAUGCUAGUUAUGUUUACGGACUUCAAAUCAUCAAUGCACAUAUGCGACGAACCCUAGGAACACUUACUCCUUGGGAUCAGUACAAUAAGGCCAUGAACCUAUGAGUAUACGAAGACAGGCUAUUUAAUGCGUUAACGACAUUUGCGUUUUUGCUCUAUACCCUUUGAGUGCCUUAAUUGUAUCCAGAGAUAUUCUCGAGGGUUGGAGUUGAUGAUUGAAAUGAUCAGGAUGAUGACGAUAUGAAGUGAGCAUUUGCUUUGGGGGAAUGGAGAUUUAAAAAAAGACAUGUAUAUGUUAGAAGCAAAAUAGCAGUCCUAUGCUGCCCUGUAAGAAAUUAAUAUACCGGCAAAAUUGCUGAUAACAUCAUAUAUCCA